AUGGCAGCAAUCUCCUCCUGUAUCCGGUCCCUCUCUAAACCAUCUGAACUUCACAGCUCCUCCUCGCCAACCGCUAAAACCCUAUCAAUUUUCAGUUUUUUACCCGUCUCACUACCUCGACGCCACUUUAAACUCACUGUGCAGUUUCUUCUGAAACCAUCCCCAGUCUCUUCUCUCUUCAUUAAACCGCCCAAAUCCCUCCAACACAAUUUCUGCGGCAAUGCAAUAAAAUGCCUUUUCACAGGCAUAGUUGAAGAAUUGGGCACUGUUAAAAAUCUGGGCUUUGACCAAACUAAUAGUUUCACCAUGAAGAUCCAGGCAAAGGUCAUGCUUGAAGAUAUUCACUUGGGCGAUAGCAUCUCGAUCAAUGGAACUUGCUUGACAGUUACAGAAUUCGACACUGUUUUAUCCGAAUUCUGUGUUGGGUUAUCCCCCGAGACUCUAAGAAAGACUUCUUUAAGUGAAUUGGAAAGUGGGUCUUUGGUCAAUUUGGAGAGGGCUUUGAGCCCUAGUACUAGAAUGGGGGGUCAUUUUGUGCAGGGGCACGUGGAUGGGACCGGGGAAAUUGUGGAGAUGGCGCCAGAGGGCGAUUCUUUGUGGGUUAAGGUGAAGGUUGGGAGUGAGUUGUUGAAGUACAUUGUACCUAAGGGGUUUAUUGCUAUAGAUGGGACUAGCUUGACUGUGGUGGAUGUGUUUGAUGAUGAGGAGUGUUUUAAUUUUAUGUUGGUGGCAUAUACACAGCAGAAAGUGGUGAUCCCUUUAAAAAAGGUUGGGCAGAAGGUUAAUUUAGAAGUCGAUAUUUUGGGAAAAUAUGUGGAGAGGCUGCUGAGUAGUGGAUUUGUUGAUUCUAUCAAAUCUUCGUGA